CAACUCAAAGUUGAACAUCAGAUUAUUGGUAACUUUUGAAUCUAUAACAAGAUAACUAGAACAAAAUAUCAUAACAAAAAUGAAUUUUAAAAUUAUUUUCAUCGUUGCUGUAGUAGUGAUGGCUCUAUUUGUAAAUAAUAGUGAAGGAAAAUUUAAACUAAAACGAUUACUCAAGAAAGUGGAAGGCGCUGGUAAAAGAGUAUUCAAUUCAGCGCAAAAAGCAUUGCCAGUGGUUCAAGGUUAUGCUGGUGUAGUAACUGCUGCGAAAGGAAAAUAAGAAUAAUAUUUUUUAAUUAUUGUUUAUGAUGUAAUUCAUGUA